UUUCAAGAAUUGAAAAACUAAUUAAACCAAAAAAGGGAAAAAAAAAAAAAGGAGUUCGAACUUUGAAGAGUACACGAAUGACAAACCGAGCAUACACUAUAUGGUAAUCGCAACACUGCAUUUCGAAAUCCACGUCCAUUCUGUUAGAUCACUCUCGAUGUUCCUUCUCAAGACAUGGAGAGCUACUGCAUUUGGUGUUUAUGGGUACCUCAAUUUCACCAAAUCCGCUUUCAUGGAACACUCGAAGAAAUUCAACCCGGAAGAUACGCAGGCGAGGAUUGAUGGGAAGAAUUGUGUAGUAACAGGGGCUAAUUCUGGCAUCGGUUAUGCAACUGCCGAGGGUCUUGCCUCACGUGGGGCAACAGUGUAUAUGGUAUGUCGUAGCAAGGAGAGAGGGGAGGCUGCUCUUUCUCAAAUUCAAUCUACAACAGGAAACCAAAAGGUCCAUUUGGAGGUUUGUGAUCUUUCAUCUGUCAGUGACAUCAAGUCUUUCGCAUCCAGGUUUUCUUCAAAGAAUGUGCCAGUUCAUGUUUUGGUUAACAAUGCUGGUUUUCUUGAGAACGAACAAAUUACCACAUCUGAAGGAUUUGAACAGAAUUUUGCUGUGAAUGUGCUGGGCACUUAUUCCAUGACUGAAUUGAUGUUGCCUUUGUUGGAGAAUGCUGCACCUGAUGCUCGAGUCAUCACAGUUUCCUCUGGUGGAAUGUACACAGCUCCCUUGACCACAGAUCUACAGUUUAGCAAAGGAAAAUUCAACGGUGUUGAACAGUAUGCUCGAAACAAGCGAGUUCAGGUGGCAUUGACUGAGAACUGGGCUGAAAUGUACAAGGACAAAGGGAUCUCGUUCUAUUCAAUGCACCCGGGUUGGGCUGAGACACCAGGAGUUGCUAAAAGUUUACCUGAUUUCAAUAAAUCAUUAUCAGGAAAGCUAAGAACAAGCGAGGAAGGGGCAGACACUGUUAUUUGGCUGGCUUUACAACCCAAAGAAAAGCUGACACCAGGUGCUUUUUAUUUCGAUAGAGCUGAGGCUCCCAAGCACCUGAUGUUUUCUGCUACUAGAGGCUCUCAUUCAUUGAUAAACAACAUUGUUGAGGAUCUUCGUUCCAUGUCCAGACUUUCUUCUUGAAUUAAAUGCACCGGUCAAUGCUUAUAAUGAACUUUUGUUUUUAGAUUUUUUGUUUAAAGUUAAAUUUGAAAGUGAUGAUAGCUUCAGUUGGAGUGGUGGUUUAAGUAAUUCUGCUCGUGUAUUCACAGCUAAUUGCUAUGGUGAUUCCGAUGUCUCGGUGUAUUUUCUGUUUUUAUAAUUGCAACAUGCUAAUCUAUGUGCAUCUUUUUAUAUGGAUAACGAAAUCAUUUUGCUAUAGAA